AUCCGAUGUGACUUGCAGUACUGCGUGGUGCGUAGAUAGUUAGCAGGGGUGUGAAGUUAAGCCCCUUAACCCUGGCUGUUGACAUCCUGCUCUGGCAGAGCAGCUUCACAGGACAGACCCAGUAUUCUUUAAUGAAGUAGAAACCCUGAUCAAACCAUAAGUGUUAUUUUGCCGUGUGUGGAUGGCAGGGCGGACGAUGGGACACGUCUGCGUUCGGCCGGGGCUAUGUCGGAGAGCAUCAUGACACAAGGCUAUUUUGGAGGCUCGGCUUUGAGGACAGAUAUGUCAGCUGUUUGCCAGCGGGCUCCACAAACGCAAAGGGGGGAAAGAAAAAAAGAAAAAAAGAGAAAGCGCAACAGGCUGCAUCGGUGUUGGGGGGAACUAGAACACCAACAACCACCAGGCUAUGGUCUUUUAUUUAGGAGAAACUUAAAACUUUGACGACUCGGUCCAGGACACUAGGUGAUGCACGGAUAGGGGUUUGGAGAUGGGAUCAGCCUGGGGGGAUUACUGAUUUGUUUGUUUCUGCCGGUAUUAACUCUGAGAGGGAGUUUAUUGAAGACCGCACAAGGGAAUACCAGGAGACUUUAACUCCCUGAAGACAACAUCUGCUCCAGGUCAAGCCAGUAGGAGAAGAAAGAGCAUCUGGCAUCCGCUCACCUUCAACAUGGCCGACAACAUACCUGGAGGGAUAGUAGCGGCGGCCAAGAACCGGCUGCAGGUGGUGAAGGCCCUGGAGGACACGGCGGUGUGUGAGUGCGAGAGCCUCACCCUGGAGGUGGUGCUGAACCUGGCCUACGUCCAGGGCGCCUGGGCCCGCGACGGCCUGCGCCUCAAGGCCAAGCCCACCUGCCGCAUCAGCGCCCAGGGCAAGAAGCACGCGCUCACCCUGACCCGCGUGGGGCUGGCCGACGCCGGGACCGUCUCCUUCAGCGCCCUCGACGUGGAGACCAGCUGCAGGCUCACCGUCACAGCCAGGGACAUCUUCAUCGUGACGGAGCUGCAGGACGUGCGCGCCACGGAGCGGCAGGCGGUCAGCUUCCUGUGUGAGGUGAACCAGGAGGACCUGGAGGGCCGCUGGUACCGCGGCGACGCCCGGGUCCGGCCGGGGGACCACGUCCGGAUCCGGCACCAGGGUAAAACUCACAUCCUCAGCUUCAAGUCCGUCAGGCCGGAACAUGCCGGAGAGAUCAGAUUCACUGCCGAGCGAGUGUCCUCUUAUGCAACUCUUGCAGUUAAAGAGCUGCCGGUCCAGAUAGCCCGUCCUCUCAGGGUGAAGGUGGCCAUGUACCGACACCGCGGCCUCCUGGAGUGCCAGGUGUCCCGGCCCAACGCCCAGGUGCGCUGGUUCAAGAGCGGCCGCGAGCUGGCCACGGGUCAGAAGUACCAGCUCCUCAGCCAGGACGUCUACCGCCAGCUGACCAUCGACGACAUCUGCUCCUCGGACGAGGACACCUACACCUGCGACGCCGGCGACGACAAAACCUCCUGCCAGCUGCUGGUGGAGGAGCAGGCCAUCAAGAUCGUGCGCGGGAUGUCCUCGGUGACGGAGGUGACGGAGCCGGAGCCGGCGCUGUUCCAGGUGGAGACCAGCCUGCGCUCAGGGAGGCCCCCGCGCUGGACCCUGAGCGGGGAGGUCCUGGCCCCCAGCCCGGGGGUGAGGAUGGACAGGGACGGCACCGUCCACAGCCUCUGCCUCACAGCUACCGACAGCUCCAUGUCCGGACCCGUGGUGUUCGCCGCGGGCAAGAGCCACUGCAGCGGCAAGCUCACCGUCAGAGAGCGCCCCCUGCAGGUGCUCCACCACCUGGAGGACGUGGAGGUGAAGGAGAACGCGGCGGUGACCCUGAGCUGCUCCUUCGCGCCCUCGCCGCGAGCCGUCCGCUGGUUCCGGGGGCGCACGGCCCUCAAGAGCUCCACCAAGUACAGCAUGAGGCGGGAGGGCCCGCGGGCGGAGCUCACCAUCCACGGCCUGCUGGGGAUGGACGGCGGGCCGUACCACUGCAUGGCGGGGGGGUCCCAGAGCACCGCGACCGUCAAGGUCGAAGUGCGCCGGCUGCAGAUGGUGAAGAGCCUGGAGCCCCUGGAGGUGGAGGAGGACGACAACGCCAUCUUCUCCUGCGAGCUGAACUACGUGGUGGCCAACGUGGAGUGGCUGCUCAACAGCUGCCGGCUCUACUCCAACGCCGUGUACCGCAUCCAGAACAUGGGCACCAUGCACAGCCUCACCGUCCGGAGGCUCCGCCCACAGGAGAGCAGGGUCACCUUCAAGGCCGGGCCCAUCUCCGAGACCACCACGCUGAGGGUCAAAGAGCGACCGGCCGUGUUCCUGCGCUCCCUGGAGGACGUGGUGGGGGAGGAGCAGGGCCGGGUGUGCCUGCAGUGCGAGGCCUCCAAGGAGACGGCGAGCCCCGUGUGGACGAAGGAUGGCGAGGCGCUCACCCCCGGGGACCGGGUCCAGCUGCUGCACGCCGGCCGCGCCAUGAGCCUCACCCUGCUCGGCCUCUGCAAGGACGACGCCGGACACUACACCUGUGACCUGGGCGCCAGCCAGACCCGGGCCAAGGUAACUGUGCAUGACCUUCUCAUCACCAUUGUCCAACGGUUGAAGACUGCCUCUGUCCUGGAAGGGGAGAACUGCACCUUCGAGUGUCUUCUGUCCCACGACCUCAUGGAAGAGCCCACCUGGACUAUCAACGGCCAGCUUGUGGUCAGCGACUCCCGGCUUCAGGUGACCCAGAACGGGCGCCUGUACAAACUGGCCAUCAAAGAGGCCAACCUGCUCGACGCUGGAGACGUGGUCUUCACCGUCAAAGACCUCAGCUGCAGGACCAUGCUCUUCGUCCGAGAGAAGGCGGUGCACGUGUUCCGGGAGAUGCAGAGCGUGAAGGUGGUGCCGGGCGACGACGCGGUGCUGAGCUGUGAGAUCACCAAGCCCGAGGCCACCAUCCGCUGGCUGAAGAACGGCCAUCCCGUGCGCCCCGGCUCCAAGUACGUGGUCAGCGUGGAGAAGACCCUGGUGAGCCUGGUGAUCCGCAGCGCCACCGUCAGGGACUCCGGGGAGUACUGCUGCGAGGCGGACGGCAUCGCCACGCGCGCCAAGCUGGAGGUCCGAGAGCUGCAGCACACCUUUUCCCGGGAGCUGCGGGACGCGCGGGGCGAGGAGAAGGGCAAGGUGACCCUGGAGUGCGAGACGCGGCGCCCGGCCCAGCGCGUGGCCUGGCUGAAGGGCCUGACCGAGCUGCGCCCGGGCAGGAAGUACGUCAUGAGGCAGAGCGGCGUGCUGCUGUCGCUCACCGUCGGCUGCCUGGAGACCACCGACACGGACCACUACACCUGCGACGUGGGCACCAUGAAGAGCCACGCCCAGCUCACCGUCAUCAGUCAGCGGGUGCUGAUCCUGGACGAGCUGGAGGACUCGGAGUGCCUGGAGGGCGACACCGUCACCUUCCGCUGCCGCAUCUGCCCCAGCGACCUGGUGUCGGUGAAGUGGUACCUGGACGAGACCCUGCUGUACACCAACGAGCUCAACGAGAUCCAGGCGAUGCAGGGGGGCCUCCACAUGCUCACCUUCAGACAGCUGGCCCGCAAGGACAGCGGCACCAUCUCCUUCGAGGCCGGGGACAAGAGGUCCUACGCCUCGCUGCUCGUCAGAGAGCGACGCCCGACCAUCAUCAAGUCCCUGGAGGACUGCGAGGCCGUGGAGGGCGGCGGCCUAACGCUGUGCUGCGUCACCUCCAAGCCGUGUCACAUCCUGUGGUACAAGGACGGCUGCCAGAUGUGGAACUCCUCGCGCUACUUCGCGGUGCGCUCGGGCUGCGAGGCACGGAUGACCAUCCGGGAGGUCAGCGGCGGCGACGGCGGCGUCUACGAGUGCAGCGCCGGAUCCGUCACCACCCGGGCGGUCGUCAGGGUCAAAGCCAUCCCCGCAGAGUUCACCCAGCCGCUCCAGGACCUGGAGGCGCGGGAGGGCGAGGCCGUGACCCUGAGCUGUGAGUACUCCCUGCCCGGGGUCCUGUACCACUGGCGGCGGGGCCAGGAGAACCUCCGCGCCGGCGACAAGUACGCCAUGAAGCACAAGAAGACGGCCAUCUUCCUGACGGUGGCGGCCCUCAUGCCCCAGGACUCGGGGGUCUACAGCUGCCUCUGCAGAGAGCACGUCACCAGCGCCAGCCUCAGAGUCAUCGCCAUCCCCAUCACGUUCACGCAGCCCCUGAAGCCCGUGCAGGCGGACGAGGGCGUCAGCGUGACUCUGCGCUGCGAGCUCUCCAAGGCCGGCGUGGCGGUGGAGUGGAAGAGAGGGGAUGAUCUGCUGAGGAAUGGGAUUAGGCACCAGAUCAGGCGCCGGGAGACGGGCCAGGAGCUGCUGCUCUGGAGGCCGCUGCCGCGGGACAGCGGCGUGUACAGCUGUGUGUGCGCCGAUCAGAAGACGUCCGCUACGGUGACCAUCAUCGCGCUGCCCCUGACCUUCAAGCAGAAGCUGAGGAACGUCAUGAUGGAGGAGGGCGGCAGCGCCACCUUCCGCUGCGAGCUCUCCAAGGCCGGCCCCGGCGUGGCGUGGCGGCGGGGGGGUGACGAGGAGGUCCUCGAUCACGGGGACAAGUUCCACAUCAGGCACCGGGACGUGCACGCGGAGCUGAAGGUCCUGGACGUCACGCCCGAGGACAGCAACGUCUACACCUGCGUCUGCGGGAACAUCGAGUCCACCGCCACGCUGACCGUCAACGCGCUGCCCGUGUCCUUCAGACAGAAGCUGCAGAGCGUGCGUGUGGAGGAGGGGCAGAACGCCACCCUGCAGUGCGAGACCUCCCGGCCGGGUGUGCCCGUGGAGUGGAGCCAGGGGGGGUUCCUGCUGCAGCACGGGGAGAAGUUCCUGAUCAAGCAGAGGGGGGCGCUGCAGGAGCUGAUCCUGAGAGACGCCGUCCCCGAGGACAGCGGCGUCUACACGUGUGUGUGCCGGGAGAUGAGGACCAAGGCCACGGUGAAGGUCGUGGCGGUGGCGGCGACGUUCCGGGCGCGCCUGCGGAUCCAGGAGGGGGAGGAGGGCGGCAGCGCCACGCUGCGCUGCGAGCUCUCCAAGAAGGGCGUGGCCGUGGAGUGGCGCCGCGGCGAGCAGGUGCUCACCGAGGAGGUGUCCCGGGGGAAGUACCGGAUGAGCCAGGAGGGGCGCGCGGCCCAGCUGACCGUCCUGCAGCUCCACCUGGGGGACGCGGGGCAGUACAGCUGCUCCGUCGGGGAGGAGAGGACCAGCGCGCAGCUCACCGUCAAACCUCUCCCGGUGACCUUCAGGCGGGAGCUCCAGCCGGUGUCGGUGAGGGAGGGGGGCCGGGCCGUGCUCUGCUGUGAGCUGUCCCGGCCCGGGGCCCCUGUGGACUGGACGAAGGGCCGGACGGUGCUCAGACCGGGGGACAAGUACGAGAUGAGGCAGGAGGGGCCCUACACCAAGCUGGUCAUCCUCAGCGCAGAGGAGAGCGACGCGGGCAAGUACACCUGUAAGAGCCAGGACGGACAGUCCACCGCCCAGCUCACCGUCACAGGUCUUCCCCCGUGUUUCCAGCGGCCCCUGGUGGACGUGGAGGGAACUGAGGGCGCCAGCGUCGUGUUCCACUGUGAGCUCACCAAACCGGCCGCCGCGGUGGAGUGGAGGAGGGAGGAGGAGCCGCUGUGGGAGGGAGGGAAGUACCAGAUGAGGAUGAAGGAGCUGCAGGUGGAGCUGCGGAUCGUGGAGCUGGCCCCGGAGGACGGCGGGGAGUACUCGUGUGUCUGCGGGGAGCACAGGACCACGGCCCGGCUGGGGGUGAACGAGCCCCCCCUAACCUUCGUCCAGGAGCUGCGGGGGGUCCACGCGGAGGAGGGCGGCCCCCUGACCCUGCAGUGCGAGCUGUCCCGGGCCCCCGGGGCCCCGGUCCAGUGGCUGCGGGGCGACGGGCCCCUGAGCAGCGGGGACCGGUACCAGCUCAGGAGCACCGGGACGCUCCAGCAGCUCCUCAUCAGACGGGGCCGGCCCGAGGACAGCGGGGCUUACGCGUGCGUGUGUGGGGAGCUGAGGACCGCCGCCACCCUGGACAUCACCGCGGUCCCGGUGAGCUUCCGGCUGAAGCUGAAGAGCCAGGAGGCGGUGGAGGAGGGCAGCGUGAGCCUGCGCUGCGAGCUGUCCAAGGCGGGCGUGGCGGUGGAGUGGCGGCGGAACGCCAAGCUGCUGAGGGAGGGCCGGCGCUACGAGCUGCGGGCCGAGGGCCGGCUGGCCGAGCUGGUGGUCCGCAGGGUGGUCCUGGAGGACGCCGGCGAGUACAGCUGCAGCGCCGGGGAAGCCUUGACCUCCGCCGACCUCACCGUCAGAGCCCUCCCUGUCACCUUCACCAAGGAGGUGGAGCCGGUGUCGGUGAGGGAGGGGGGCCGGGCCGUGCUCUGCUGUGAGCUGUCCCGGCCCGGGGCCCCCGUGGACUGGACGAAGGGCCGGACGGUGCUCAGACCGGGGGACAAGUACGAGAUGAGGCAGGAGGGGCCCUACACCAAGCUGGUCAUCCUCAGCGCAGAGGAGAGCGACGCGGGCAAGUACACCUGUAAGAGCCAGGACGGACAGUCCACCGCCCAGCUCACCGUCACAGCUCCCCCCAUCACCUUCAAGGUGAAGCUGAGGAACCAGCAGGUGGAGGAGGAGAGCAGCGUCACCCUGAGCUGUGAGCUCUCCAGGCCGGGCCUGGCGGCCGAGUGGAGGAGGGGGCUGGAGGUCCUGAAGAGCGGCCUGAGGCACCAGGUCAGACGGAGGGAGGGCGUGAUGGAGCUGACGGUCAGGAACGCCCUGCUGGAGGACAGCGGGGUGUAUUGCUGCGUCUACGGCGACGCCCUGACCACGGCCAACCUCACCGUCACCCCGAUCCCCAUCACGUUCAAGACGGGGCUGAAGAACCAGGAGGCGCGUGAGGGCGGGGACGUGGCCCUGCGCUGCGAGCUGUCCAAGGCCGGCGUCCCGGUGGAGUGGUGGAAGGGGGAGGACCGGCUGGAGCCCGGCGGACGCUACCAGACGGUGCUCAGCGGCACCUCGGCAGAGCUGCACAUCAGGAACAUCCAGCCCGAGGACGUGGGCGAGUACAGCUGCAUCCUGGGAGAGCAGAGGACCAUGGCCGAGGUCAACGUCAGAGCUGCAGCGUCGGUGUACAUCGAGAAGGAGCUGGAGAGCCGGGUGGAGGUGACGGAGGGCAAGACGGCCGUGCUCUGCUGCGAGAUCUCCAGCGCCAACGUCCCGGUCACCUGGAAGAAGAACGACACCACGGUGGAGCCGGGAGGCCGGUGCCUCAUCAGGAAGGAGGGCUUCACCCACACCCUGGAGAUCCAGGGUGUGGGUCGAGAGGACGCCGGGGAGUACUGCUGCAUCACCCGGGGCAAGAAGACCGCCGCCCGGCUCAUCGUGAGGGAGCGCGUGCGGAUCGUCUCGGGGCUGCAGGACCGGACGGUGACGGCGGGCGAGGACGCGGCGUUCGUGUGCGAGCUGAGCCACGCCGACGUGAGCGAAGGCGAGUGGUGGCUGUGCUCUAGCCCGCUGCAGAGGAACGAGAUGAACCGGAUGACCUUCCACGGGCGGCAGCAGCGCCUGGUGCUCACCAUGACCACGCCCGACGAGACCGGAGAGGUGGCCUUUGUGAUCGGCGAGGAGAGGACCUCAGCCAAACUCUUAGUGGUUCCCAGAGUCAAAGUUUUGUUGAAGGAGCGGCCUAAGGAUGUCGUGAUCAUGGAGGGGCAAACGGCCACCCUCUCCUGCACCACGUCUGAUGACACCAACCCGGUCAGCUGGAGAAGGAACAGCGCACCCCUCCACCACGGCACCAAAUACGAGAUCCGCAAGGAGGGCCACCUGAACCUGCUGCUCAUCCACGACGCGGAGCUCCUGGACACCGGCACAUACACCUGUGACACUGGCGAUGUGAAGGGCAAUGCCCUGCUCACUGUGCACGAACUGCCUCCGUUCUUCCAGGAAGGGGUGCAUGAUGCAGAGGCGGAGGAGGAAGGAACUACCUCUCUGUCCUGUGAGCUUUCUAAGCCUCCUCAGCCUGGAGUGUUGGUGCAGUGGCGGAAGAACAGGCUGCCACUGAGAGCCAACAGGAAGUAUGAGAUGAGACAAGAUGGCUGCCUGCUCCAGCUCCUCAUCAAGGACCUCAAACCAGAGGACACAGGCAGCUACUCCUGUCAAGUUGGAGAAGUCGAGAGCUCUGCUAGUUUGGCAGUCAGAGAACUCCCUCCAACUAUCAACAAGGAGCUACAGAGUGUGGAGGCUGAGGAGGAAGGAACUACCUCUCUGUCCUGUGAGCUUUCUAAGCCUCCUCAGCCCGGAAUGUUGGUGCAGUGGAGGAAGAACAGGCUGCCACUGAGAGCCAACAGGAAGUAUGAGAUGAAACAAGAUGGCUGCCUGCUCCAGCUCCUCAUCAAGGACCUCAAACCAGAGGACAGUGGCAGCUACUCCUGCCUAGUUGGAGUAGUAGAGAGCUCUGCUAGUCUGACUGUGAAAGAACUCCCUCCUUACUUUGAGGAGGAGAUACAGGAUGUGGAGGCUGAGGAGGAAGGAACUACCUCUCUGUCCUGUGAGCUUUCUAAGCUUCCUCAGCCUGGAGUGUUGGUGCAGUGGAGGAAGAACAGGCUGCCACUGAGAGCCAACAGGAAGUAUGAGAUGAAACAAGAUGGCUGCCUGCUCCAGCUCCUCAUCAAGGACCUCAAACCAGAGGAUAGUGGCAGCUACUCCUGUCUAGUAGGAGGAGCAGAGAGCUCUGCUAGUCUGGCUGUGACCGAACUCCUUCCAUCGUUCAACAAGGAGCUAGAGAGUGUGGAGGCUGAGGAGGAAGGAACUACCUCUCUGUCCUGUGAGCUUUCUAAGCCUCCUCAGCCUGAAGUGUUGGUGCAGUGGAGGAAGAACAGGCUGCCACUGAGAGCUAACAGGAAGUAUGAGAUGAAACAAGAUGGCUGCCUGCUCCAGCUCCUCAUCAAGGACCUCAAACCAGAGGACAGUGGCAGCUACUCCUGUCUAGUAGGAGGAGCAGAGAGCUCUGCUAGUCUGGCUGUGACCGAACUCCUUCCAUCCUUCAACAAGGAGCUGCAGAGUGUGGAGGCGGAGGAGGAAGGAACUACCUCUCUGUCCUGUGAGCUUUCUAAGCCUCCUCAGCCUGGAGUGUUGGUGCAGUGGAGGAAGAACAGGCUGCCACUGAGAGCCAACAGGAAGUAUGAGAUGAAACAAGAUGGCUGCCUGCUCCAGCUCCUCAUCAAGGACCUCAAACCAGAGGACAGUGGCAGCUACUCCUGUCUAGUAGGAGGAGCGGAGAGCUCUGCUAGUCUGGCUGUGACCGAACUCCUUCCAUCGUUCAACAAGGAGCUACAGAGUGUGGAGGCUGAGGAGGAAGGAACUACCUCUCUGUCCUGUGAGCUUUCUAAGCCUCCUCAGCCUGGAGUGUUGGUGCAGUGGAGGAAGAACAGGCUGCCACUGAGAGCCAACAGGAAGUAUGAGAUGAAACAAGAUGGCUGCCUGCUGCAGCUCCUCAUCAAGGACCUCAAACCAGGGGACAGUGGCAGCUACUCCUGUCUAGUAGGAGGAGCAGAGAGCUCUGCUAGUCUGGCUGUCACUGAACUCCUUCCAUCGUUCAACAAGGAGCUGCAGAGUGUGGAGGCUGAGGAGGAAGGAACUACCUCUCUGUCCUGUGAGCUUUCUAAGCCUCCUCAGCCUCGAGUGGUGGUGCAGUGGAGGAAGAACAGGCUGCCACUGAGAGCCAACAGGAAGUAUGAGAUGAAACAAGAUGGCUGCCUGCUCCAGCUCCUCAUCAAGGACCUCAAACCAGAGGACAGUGGCAGCUACUCCUGUCUUGUAGGAGGAGCAGAGAGCUCUGCUAGUCUGGCUGUGAACGAACUCCUUCCAUCGUUCAAGAAGGAGCUACAGAGUGUGGAGGCUGAGGAGGAAGGAACUACCUCUCUGUCCUGUGAGCUUUCUAAGCCUCCUCAGCCUGGAGUGUUGGUGCAGUGGAGGAAGAACAGGCUACCACUGAGAGCUAACAGGAAGUAUGAGAUGAAACAAGAUGGCUGCCUGCUCCAGCUCCUCAUCAAGGACCUCAAACCAGAGGACAGUGGCAGCUACUCCUGUCUAGUAGGAGGAGCAGAGAGCUCUGCUAGUCUGGCUGUGAAAGAACUCCCUCCUUACUUUGAGGAGGAGAUGCAGGAUGUGGAGGCUGAGGAGGAAGGAACUACCUCUCUGUCCUGUGAGCUUUCUAAGCCUCCUCAGCCUGGAGUGGUGGUGCAGUGGAGGAAGAACAGGCUGCCACUGAGAGCCAACAGGAAGUAUGAGAUGAAACAAGAUGGCUGCCUGCUCCAGCUCCUCAUCAAGGACCUCAAACCAGAGGACAGUGGCAGCUACUCCUGUCUAGUAGGAGGAGCAGAGAGCUCUGCUAGUCUGGCUGUGAACGAACUCCUUCCAUCGUUCAACAAGGAGCUACAGAGUGUGGAGGCUGAGGAGGAAGGAACUACCUCUCUGUCCUGUGAGCUUUCUAAGCCUCCUCAGCCUGGAGUGUUGGUGCAGUGGAGGAAGAACAGGCUGCCACUGAGAGCCAACAGGAAGUAUGAGAUGAAACAAGAUGGCUGCCUGCUCCAGCUCCUCAUCAAGGACCUCAAACCUGAGGACAGUGGCAACUACUCCUGUCUAGUAGGAGGAGCAGAGAGCUCUGCUAGUCUGGCUGUCACAGAACUCCUUCCAUCCUUCAACAAGGAGCUGCAGAGUGUGGAGGCGGAGGAGGAAGGAACUACCUCUCUGUCCUGUGAGCUUUCUAAGCCUCCUCAGCCUGGAGUGUUGGUGCAGUGGAGGAAGAACAGGCUGCCACUGAGAGCCAACAGGAAGUAUGAGAUGAAACAAGAUGGCUGCCGGCUCCAGCUCCUCAUCAAGGACCUCAAGCCAGAGGACAGUGGAAGCUACUCCUGUCUAGUAGGAGGAGCAGAGAGCUCUGCUAGUCUGGCUGUCACAGAACUCCUUCCAUCGUUCAACAAGGAGCUACAGAGUGUGGAGGCUGAGGAGGAAGGAACUACCUCUCUGUCCUGUGAGCUCUCUAAGCCUCCUCAGCCUGGAGUGUUGGUGCAGUGGAGGAAGAACAGGCUGCCACUGAGAGCCAACAGGAAGUAUGAGAUGAAACAAGAUGGCUGCCUGCUCCAGCUCCUCAUCAGGGACCUCAAGCCAGAGGACAGUGGCAGCUACUCCUGUCUAGUAGGAGGAGCAGAGAGCUCUGCUAGUCUGGCUGUCACAGAACUCCUUCCAUCCUUCAACAAGGAGCUGCAGAGUGUGGAGGCGGAGGAGGAAGGAACUACCUCUCUGUCCUGUGAGCUCUCUAAGCCUCCUCAGCCUGGAGUGUUGGUGCAGUGGAGGAAGAACAGGCUGCCACUGAGAGCCAACAGGAAGUAUGAGAUGAAACAAGAUGGCUGCCUGCUCCAGCUCCUCAUCAGGGACCUCAAGCCAGAGGACAGUGGCAGCUACUCCUGUCUAGUAGGAGGAGCAGAGAGCUCUGCUAGUCUGGCUGUCACAGAACUCCUUCCAUCGUUCAACAAGGAGCUGCAGAGUGUGGAGGCGGAGGAGGAAGGAACUACCUCUCUGUCCUGUGAGCUUUCUAAGCCUCCUCAGCCUGGAGUGUUGGUGCAGUGGAGGAAGAACAGGCUGCCACUGAGAGCCAACAGGAAGUAUGAGAUGAAACAAGAUGGCUGCCUGCUCCAGCUCCUCAUCAAGGACCUCAAACCAGAGGACAGUGGCAGCUACUCCUGUCUAGUAGGAGGAGCAGAGAGCUCUGCUAGUCUGGCUGUGACCGAACUCCUUCCAUCGUUCUACAAGGAGCUACAGAGUGUGGAGGCUGAGGAAGAAGGAACUACCUCUCUGUUCUGUGAGCUUUCUAAGCCUCCUCAGCCUGGAGUGUUGGUGCAGUGGAGGAAGAACAGGCUGCCACUGAGAGCCAACAGGAAGUAUGAGAUGAAACAAGAUGGCUGCCUGCUCCAGCUCCUCAUCAAGGACCUCAAACCUGAGGACAGUGGCAACUACUCCUGUCUAGUAGGAGGAGCAGAGAGCUCUGCUAGUCUGGCUGUCACAGAACUCCUUCCAUCCUUCAACAAGGAGCUGCAGAGUGUGGAGGCGGAGGAGGAAGGAACUACCUCUCUGUCCUGUGAGCUUUCUAAGCCUCCUCAGCCUGGAGUGGUGGUGCAGUGGAGGAAGAACAGGCUGCCACUGAGAGCCAACAGGAAGUAUGAGAUGAAACAAGAUGGCUGCCGGCUCCAGCUCCUCAUCAAGGACCUCAAGCCAGAGGACAGUGGAAGCUACUCCUGUCUAGUAGGAGGAGCAGAGAGCUCUGCUAGUCUGGCAGUCACAGAACUCCUUCCAUCCUUCAACAAGGAGCUACAGAGUGUGGAGGCUGAGGAGGAAGGAACUACCUCUCUGUCCUGUGAGCUUUCUAAGCCUCCUCAGCCUGGAGUGUUGGUGCAGUGGAGGAAGAACAGGCUACCACUGAGAGCCAACAGGAAGUAUGAGAUGAAACAAGAUGGCUGCCUGCUCCAGCUCCUCAUCAAGGACCUCAAACCAGAGGACAGUGGCAGCUACUCCUGUCUAGUAGGAGGAGCAGAGAGCUCCGCUAGUCUGACUGUGACCGAACUUCUUCCAGCUUUCAAGAAGGAGCUACAGAGUGUAGAGGCUAAGGAGGGAGAAGCUGCCUCUCUGUCCUGUGAGCUUUCUAAGCCUCCUGAGCCUGAAGUGAGGGUGAGGUGGAGGAAAAACAGGCUGCCACUGAGGGCCAACAGAAAAUAUGAGAUGAAACAAGAUGGCUGCCUGCUCAAGCUCCUCAUCAAGGACCUCAACCUAGAGGACAGUGGAAGCUACUCCUGCCUAGUAGGAGGAGCAGAGAGCUCUGCUAGUCUGGCUGUUACAGUGAUUGAUUUGGAUCUCCCUAAGAAGACACUGCCGGUCAAGACAAAGCCUACUUCAGAAGAGAGUGUUGUCGAACACACUCCUCGAGUUCCACCGGUCACGUCAAUUACUAAAGAUGCCAUACCUGUUCCAUUGUCCCAGACCUGCGUGACUGACCAGGAAUUAGAACUGGAACCAAAGGUGGCACCUAAGGCGGAACCUAAAGUGUCAAAACCUGAGCAAAGGAUGAAGCAGGAAGACCAAGGAGAAACAUUGACAUACAUAGCACCUAACAAAGUCAGUGAGGAAGAGCCCGAAACCAAGCAGCUAGAUGGAACCCAAGAAAGAAACAAUGACGUGAACAAGAGACGCAUGUCAGGUUCUCAAGAUACCAAGGUUGUGCGAUUUGACAUCACUGACCCAGAAGAUGAACCGCAGCCAACGGCGGAGCCUCAGGUGCCGAAGCCAGUCCCAAGGAGGAAGAAUGAGGUCCAAAGAGACACGUUGCCAUUAAAGCUUCUGAAAGAAGACAAUGAGGAAGUGCAUGAAGUGAAGCAGCUUGAAGGUAAACAAGAAACAAUCACGGAAGUCGACAAGAGAUGUAUGUCAGUCAGUAAAGACACCAAGGUGGUGAGAUUUGACAUUUCUGACCCAGAAUGUGAACUGGAGGAAAGGGUGGAACCUGAAGUGCCAAAGCCGGUCCCAAGAAGGAAGCAUGAAAGAGACGCAGUGCCAAUUAUGUCUCUGAGUGAUGAUGGUGAGAAGGGGCAUAAAGUUAAGCAGCUUGAGGUGAAGAAAGAGCAAACCGUGGAGAUGGAAAAGAGACAUUCGUCUUCAGCUUUGUCACUAGAGAACAAGAGUAAGAAAUCCUCAAAUGAAGCACCGAUAAUGAGACCUCUGCAGCCGGCCAUGAUGAAUCAAAAGAAGGAGACAGAGCCUGAGGAACAGAAAGAAAAACUACCAUCAACACAUUUGGAGAAACCAAGGGGUGGUGAUCAGAUGUCAGCACCAACUCCACAGGAACAAAGUGAGAUUAAAAAGGCUGAACAAAUGCCUUUGGACCCACCACAGAAGUAUGUCGAGAACAAACCCAUAAUACCUCAAAUUGUGACGUAUACCUCAAAUGAGGAUGACGUACAAAAGAAAGAGGAGGUGCCUUUGAGACCACCGGUAAGAACUAAAGGGAAACUUACUGCGUCAAGCAAAGCAUCCGAGUCAGGCUUCAAGGAAUUAGUUGAGAGGCAACCAUCAAAGGAUGAUCCUGAACAAGACACGGUUGUCGAAGAUAUUGUCCCACCACAUGAAACCUCUUUGAUGGAAGCCACUGUGAAGAAGUCACUGAAAGCUCUUGAAAAAACACCCUCAGCAGAUGCUAUGGAUGAAGUGGCAGUAAAGACAAAAGAGAGGCCUAUCGUGAUAGAGACCCUACCACCAAAGCCACCUGCGAGGACCAAAGGCAGGGCCAGGAGGGCAUCGGGAAGCCAGUUCUCAAGAGACUCCGAGGCGAGUCAAGAUGAAGAACAGGUCCUGGUCAUUCCUGUGUUUAAGAAGGAAGUUCAGGCAGCUCUAGACUCGGUAAAACUUUUCGAGAAGAAAUGUGAGGAGAAUAAUGAUGUUGAGAGGGAACAACCUGUCACACGAGACAUCGAGACCGAACAGGAAGCUAAACAACUCGUCAAGAGUAAAGAGAAGGAAGUGGAAAUGAAACAGCCAUUGCUGCCAGUGGGGCCCCUAAAAGAACAGCCAGUGGCAACACUGUUGGGAACCCCAAGCAGAAUGCCUAAACUGGACGAGGGCAGGAAGCACGAGGUGCGACCGAUGCGCUUGGAGAGUGAGACACCAGAGUCCCGCGAUAACAUUCCUCUUCUCGUCAUCACGGAAGACGACACCUUCUCCAUAGCCGGAUCGGAGAAAACGGUGGACUCCAGCAGCAUCCAGCCUUUCGGCAUCACCGUUAACGCGCCACCUCAACCUGCUCCCAUCCAGCUUUUACCUCAGGUGACCCAACCACCAGAGGCACCAACUGAAGCUCCAGAAGAUAUCAUGGAUAUCAUAGACAAUGAACCCGAGAUGCUGGAAGCUGCGGUCAGGAUUCAGGCUGCGUUCAAAGGCUACAAGGCCCGUAAAGACAUGCGUCCGGUCUUCAAGGAGGUGUUUAAGAACCAGGGGGUGGAACUCGGCGGUACGGCCCAUUUGGAGUGCGUUGCGGAGGGGAAGCUCGAGGCUGUGCGCUGGCUUAGACACGGACAGCAGAUAAUCGCCGACCAGCGGCACAGGAUAAAGACUUCAGAACACGGUGUCCUCGUACUGGAGGUCACCGACGUGAACCUCAUGGACGGUGGCGUUUACACCUGUGAAGUCGUCAAUAAGUUUGGUGUGAUCUCCUAUAGCGGUAACAUAACCGCGCAAGCCACCCCAGCCACCACCACCAAGCCUGUUCACUCUGCGCUCGCAGCCAUCAUGCCACUUCAACCGGUGCCCCAGAAGCCUCAAGCCCUGGCAAAGCCGAUGCCCCAGGCUCCGCCUCCGACCCAGGCUCCGCCUCCGACCCAGGCUCUGCCUCCAGCCCGGACUCCAGUAGCCCCGGUAGCCUUAGCCAACGAGCCGACCGGCUUUGUCGUUGAGAGUGAGGGCGUCUCUCUAUGGGAGGCCUACAACCUGACUGAGCAGGACAGCCAGAUGACUCUGCAGGAGAGGAGGCGAGCCUCGCUGAUCCCUGCCAGUUCCAUGUCCAGCCCCUCCGACUACGACACCGCUCCAGACUACAUGGAAGCUCUCGAGACCGCUCCCGAACCCAGCGACGAUCCCGAAGAGGAACAGAUGGCUGUGAUGGACGAUAGAGAACCAACUGAGACGCGACCACAAAUGAAGCUCCUGAAGGUCAAAGGUGAAUUUGAGGGCGUAUCAAGAACACCCUCUCCAAAGCAUCACCGUGCCCACACACCUUUAGCUGCUGCCGGCUCAGCGUCAGAGUCCGAGGGAGACGAAGAUAGAAGAGAGACCUUUGACAUCUACGUGGCCCGAGCCGACUGCAGCCCCAGCGGUGGAAACAAGGAGGCCUUUAUUCUGAAGGAGGGCCAGUUUGUAGAGGUCCUCGAUUGUGUACACCCGGACAAGUGGUUGGUUCGCACGAAGCCCACCAAAAACAACCCUGUACGGCAGGGAUGGGUCUGCCCAGCGUAUCUGGAGAAGAAGAGAACCGAGACGUUCCCACUGCUGAGCGCUCCUCAGGAGGAUCUGGACGGGAUCGGGUCGACCGGAGAGGAGUACCGGAGGACACUGAGCCAACUGAUCCAGGGCCUGGUGGACGGGGAGGAGGAGUUUGUGAAGGAGAUGAAGGACUUUGCGUCUCAUCAUCUGGAGACCGGCCCCCAUGUCCUGCCCAGCGUCCUCACCCAGAGAGAGACCGUCUUCAGGAACAUCAGCGACAUCAUCCUCCUCCACGAGAGGUCCGUGCUGCCCAGACUGAGCGACUGCGCCACAGAUGAUGACGUGGCCAUGCAUCUGCUGAGGCAGGCGGAGGACUUUGAGAAGUACGUCCACUACAUGGUGGGCCAAACCCAGGCAGAGGCGUCCGUCACCGAGAAGGCUGUCCAGCAGUAUCUAAACACAAGGGAUCCAUCAGAGCCGGGAAACCCUGAGACCACAGCCAUGGAGGUCCUCACGUUCCUCCAGCGACCCAUGGAACGCAUCCAGACCUACCAGGCCCUUCUGAAGGAGCUGAUUCGGAACAAGGCCCAGAGCGGUCAGGCGUGCUGCGUUCUGGAGGACGCCUUCUCCAUGGUGUCACGUCUGCCCGGCCGCUCAGAGAAGCUGCGUCUGGUCUCCCUCAUAGAGAACUACCCUGCGCCGCUGUCCGCUCUGGGGGAGCCCGUACGCCAGGGGGUCCUGACGGUGUGGGAGGAAUCCCCGGAGAUGAAGACGGCCAGCAGAGGGCAGCAGAGACAAGUGUUCCUCUUCAAGGACUGUGUGAUCCUGUGUAAACUGAAGAGGGGCCCCGGGGCCAACGCAGACGUAUACGGCUUCAAAAACAAGAUGAAGCUGAACGACCUUAAGGUGAAGGACAGUCCCGGGGGGGGAGGCGACGAGAGGAGCUGGGUGCUGGGCCACGAGCACCGGGGCUCGGUGCGGACCUACACCCUGCAGGGCCGCUCCACCCUGGUCAAGCUCUCCUGGCUCCGGGACCUCAGGGAGCUCCAGCAGACCUCUGAGCUCCCCUGCUGCAGCCCUCCGGUGUUUGAGGAGCAGCUGUCAGACGUCACCACCCAGCCGGGGCAGACCAUCCAGCUGGCCUGCAGGGUGACCGGCUCCCCCGCCCCGGUAGUCAGCUGGCUCAAAGACGGGCUCCACCUGGACGUGGACCUGCGCCACAUCCUGACGGCCAGGCGGUCGGGGGCCCACAGCCUGGUGCUGGAUGGCCUGGCCCCGGGGGACGGGGGCCAGUACCUCUGCUACGCCCUCAGCCCGGUGGGCAGCGCCAGCACCCUGGCCCGGGUCACCGUGGAGGGCCCUCCCCGGUUCCUCAGCCGACUGGAGAGCAUGUGUCUGAUGGAGGGGGAGGACCUCCAGUUCAUCUGCUCCACCCUCUCCACCCCCCUGCCCAGAGUCAGGUGGGGUAAAGAUGGUGUAGAGCUGACCGACCGGAGUAAGUACCGGAUCUCCAACGACGCCCGCAGUGGGAUCCUGACUCUGACCGUCGUCAGCCCCACCGAGGCCGACGUCGGCCUCUACGAGUGCGAGCUCUCGAACCCGAUGGGCUGCGCCAAGUGCAAGGCCGGACUUUGCCCCGCCUACGUGCCGUCGAUUGACAGCGAGAUCGUCGAACCGCAGGACUUGUCCCCCAAAGACGCCGACUCAGAAGGCUGGUCCGCCGUCCUGGUGAAGAAGUGGCUGCAGACGGACUUCAGUCCCAAGUCCAUCGUGAGGAGCCUCUUCGGUCCAGGGAGCUCAGAGGAUGCUGAAGGUCUUCCUGAAGUGGGUGAAGCUACCCCCCCACCCACGGAGACCCCCCCCCGCGAGCCCCUUUACUACCCCGAGGGAGAGGAGGAGGAGCUCUUCAUCUCAGAGCCCAUGCAGGAGAUCCAAGAUGCUCCUCCCUUCGUUCAGGUUCCCCCAGAGAGCCUGUGCGUGGAGCCAGGCCAAUCAGCUGUCUUCACUGCCAUCAUCACAGGAAGACCCGCCCCCCACAUACAGUGGUACAAGGACGAGGAGGAGCUCUCAGCCAAUGACAACGUGGAGAUGAGGCAGCAGGGGGCCCGCUGCUCGGUGACGGUGGUCUGUCCUGAGGGGGAGGACAGCGGCAUGUACACCUGCCUGGCCUACAACGACUCGGGACACACCUCCUGCCAGGCGGAGCUCAUUGUGGAGGAAGGACCGCUGGAGGUGGAGGAGCGGGAGGUGGAGCUGGGCAGGCGGAGGAAGCUGUUCUCCGUCUACGACAUCCACGAGGAAGUGGGAAGGGGGGCGUUCGGCGUGGUGAAGCGUGUGGUCCACAGGAGGACCGGGGAGGGCUUCGCGGCCAAGUUCCUGCCCCUGAGGAACAGCACCAGAACCAGGGCCUUCCAGGAGAGGGACCUGCUGUCCCGCCUGGCCCACCCCAGGGUGGCCUGUCUGCUGGACUUCUUCUGCACCCGACGCACCCUGGUCCUGGUCACCGAGGUCUGCUGUCCUUAUGGACUUCUGGACCAUCUGCUGCUCAAGGCAUCGGUCACAGAGAGAGAGGUCCAGUCGUACCUCCAGCAGAUCCUGGAGGGCGUCGCCCACAUCCACAGCAUGAACAUCCUGCACCUGGACCUCAAGCCCGAUAACAUCCUGAUGGUGUACCCGCCGCGAGACGAGGUCAAGAUCUGCGACUUCGGCUUCAGCCAGGAGAUGGACGCGUCCCGACACCAGUACAGCAAGUUCGGGACGCCAGAGUUCGUGGCCCCGGAGAUCGUUCACCAGGAGCCCGUCACCGGGGCGACGGACGUGUGGUCCCUGGGUGUGAUCGCCUUCCUCUGCCUGACGUGCCGCUGCCCCUUCGCCGGCGAGACGGACCGCGCCACGCUGCUCCGGGUGGGGGAGGGGACCCUGAGCUGGGAGACCCCCGACCUGACCGCCCGCACCCCCGAGGCCCAGGACUUCCUGCGCCUGGUCCUCCAACCGGAGCCUGAGAGGAGACCCACUGCCACUGAGUGCUUGAGCCAUGAGUGGUUCCUGGAUGAGCACGCAGUCGAGGACACGGACGACAUCAACACGAGGAGCUUGAAGGUCUUUAUCUCCAGGAGGAAAUGGCAGCGGUCGCUGACCUGCAUCGGCUCCGUGCUGACCCUGCGGCCCCUCCCCGAGCUGCUGGGGGCCCCUCUCAGGGACACGGCCGCCACGGUCCCCCGGGAGCCCCGCGACCACAGCAGCUCCUCGCCCAGCAGCGGCUCCUCCUCCGAGUACGACGAGGCCGACUCCUGGGACUUCUUCCAGCACGCCAGCCCCACCGAGGAAGAGGAGGACGACGACGAAGAGGAGGAGGAGGAGGAGGAAGGGGGCUACGACCCGCUGGCGAAGCGGGCCCGCAUCCCGCCGCCCUUCAUCGCGCGGCGCUUCGGUUCCGAGGACGACGAGGAAGAGGAGGAGGAGACGCUCGGCGACGAAGAGGACGAAGAGGAGGAGGAGGACGGCGAGCUGGCCCGGAGCGUGCUGGCUCGGAGCGUCAGCAAGCAGUCGGUGGGCUCCUCGGAGCUGUCCUGCCAGCGGACCCCCCAGAGGGAGCGGCGUCCCAGCCGGGACAGCAGCCCGUCCCUGUACCUCUCGGAGGGCGAGGAGGGCUCGGGCAGCGAGGGCAGCCGCGUCCCGCGGGGCAGCGUGAUCCGCAGCACCUUCCACAGCUCCUCCCAGCAGCUGUCGCCGCUCUCCGCCCGCCACAUGACGCUCCGGGACCGCUUCCAGGCCAAGAAGCAGGAGCGCGGACGCCGCCCGCUGCGCCGCAGCCUCUCGGGCCGGCUCAGCGAGCCGCUCAUCGAGUACGUGGAGGACGAGGCGGAGGCGGGGCGCGGCCCGCGACGCGCCGCCUCGGCCCAGCCGCCCAUGCAGAAGUCGUGCUCCUUCGACAGCGGCGUCAGCCUGUCCCAGGCCAACCCGCCCCCCCACCGGAGGAGCCGGUCGCUGGACGAGUGCUCCCGCCGCUCGCCCGCCUCGCCCCAGCGGAGCCCGGGGCGGGACGAGGAGGAGGGGGAGGGGGGGGGCAGCCGGAGCGUGAAGGAGGAGUUCACGGACGACGAAGGGGGGCGGAGGAAGCUGCUGGCCCCGCCGGUCGCCGGCCGGACGUCCAGAAGGAGAGGCUCCGUGGCUCCGGUCCAGGGGAGCCUCUUCCUAGGGGGAGCGCUGGUCGGCUCCAGGCUCCAGGCGGGGGAGAAGAGCCCACUGAUGGGGGAGAGGAGCCCUCUGAUGGGGGAGAGGAGCCCUCUGAUGGGGGAGAGGAGCCCUCUGAUGGGGGAGAGGAGCCCUCUGAUGGGGGAGAGGAGGCCUUUGAUGGGGGAGAGGAGGCCUUUGAUGGGGGAGAGGGCGCCCAUGACGCAUCGGGAGCCCCUGGAGGUGGGGAACCCGGCGGGGUCCCACAGUCCCCUGGCCGGGCCCCUCGUCCGGGUGCACGGGGACUCUGAGUCCCCCAGCGGACCGGGCCCCUGCGAGGAGGCGGGUCCCGUCCUCUCCGCCGCCCGGUUCCGGCCCGGCCAGAGGUACGGUGCUCCGUGUUCGCUCCGGUUCUCCGAGGUGGACGCCGAGCCGAAGAGCGCGGCCCCCCGGCCCCCGCCCCGGACCCGGACCCGCUCCCACCAGGACCUGGCGGCCAGCAGCAGCGGCAGCCUCCACCGGGCGGGGGUCCCCUCCGGGGUCCAGCCCAGCCCCAGCCCCAGCCUGACGUCCCUCCAGUCCCCGGAGAGACCCCCCAGGUCCAAGGACAAGAUGGGCAGCCAGGGGCUCCAGAGGCACGCCUCGGCCCCCGCCCUGGAGAUCAAGAUCCCCCCGGGGAGGUCCCCCAAGCUGGGCCUCAUGAAGAUCUUCCGCCGGCAGUCCUGGACGGGCCACUCCUACGCCCCGCUGGAGACCCCCGGGAUGGGCCCCACCCUGGGGGAGAUCAUGGCCCCCGACACCCCCACCAUGACCCUGAGGAAGAAGAUGAGGGCGUCGGCCUCCAGCCUCACCAAGCUGUUUAGAUCAUCCAGCAAGGAGGACCUAACCAAGGGAGGGCCCAUCGUGAAAGGAUCUCCCAUCCCUCCUAAAAGGGGCAGUCCCUCCGGAUCGGAGAGCCCUCAGAACAGAGUGUCCCGGCUGAUGUCCUCCUUCAAGAUACCGGCCUUCAAGAAGACCAAAGAGCCGCCGCCUCGGCGCAGCAGGCCUGACGUGGUCCAGCUGGACGGGGGCGGGGUCCUCCUGGUGUGGAAGCAGGUCCAGACCCCCUCACCGGCGCUCUACUGCGUACAGUACUGCUCGGACGGGGUCCAGUGGCGGGCCCUCUCGGAGGGGGUGGCGGAGAACGUCCUCGUGGUGAAGGACCUGCCCCGGGGGGCCUCCUACGUCUUCAGGGUGGGCGUCGUCACCCAGCAGGGGGCCGGCUCCUUCAGCGACCCGUCGCUCCCCGUCGUCAUGGCAACGCACCCCGAAGAAGUCCAGCUGCCGCUCAUCCAGACGGACUCCCCAGAGACGAGGGCCGUCGGGGGGGCACAGCCUUCCCACAAGACCUACAGCUUCCUCUCUGAGAUCAACAGGGGUCGCUUCAGCGUCAUCAUCCAGUGCCGUGAUGCCCAGAGCGGGCGCGUGUGCGCGGCCAAGCUGACGCCCUACGGCCCGGAGCAGCGGCAGGGCGUGCUGAGGGAGUACCUGAUCCUCCGGCGCCUGCACCACCGCCACCUGGUGCAGCUGCACACCGCCUACAUCACCCCCGCAUACCUGCUGCUGGUGCUGGAGCUGUGCCCCGGCCGCGAGCUGCUGCCCAGCCUGGCCCAGAGAGACCUGUACUCUGAGAAGCACGUGGCCGAGCUGCUGGUCCAGAUCCUGGGCGCGGUGGACUACCUGCACGGCCGCUGGGUGGUGCACCUGGACCUGAAGUCGGACAACGUGCUGGUGAACGAGCAGAACCAGCUGAAGAUCGUGGACCUGGGCUCCGCUCAGCCCUUCACCCCCGGGCAGCCCGUGCACAUAGAGCACUACCAGGGGCUGGCCGAGAACAAAGAAUGCAGCAGCAAAGUUUACAUUGUGCUUCCAAAAGCUCCUGAGAUUCUGGAAGGCAACGGGGUCGGACCGGAGACGGACAUCUGGGCCAUCGGCGUCCUGGCCUUCAUCAUGUUCAGCGCCGACGCUCCGUUCCACUCGGAGCUCGGCUGGGAGCAGGAUAGGAACAUCCGGAAGGGGAAGAUCCAGUUCAGCCGCUGCUACCCGGGUCUGUCCGAGGGGGCCAUCAACUUCAUGAAGACCAGCCUGAACCCCAAAGCCUGGGGGAGACCCACGGCGGCAGAGUGCCUGCAGAGCCCCUGGGUGAGGGCCCCCCGGGGCCCCGCCCAGCAGGGGGGCUCCCUGGUCAGCUUCUCCACGGACAAGCUGAAGGCCUACCUGAGGGAGCGGCAGGCCAAGAGGGACCAGGUGCAGACCAAGCUCCGAGGACCCUUCUUCAAGUGAUGAAGACGAGGCUUCGCUCACAGCCUGCUGUCUGAGUCCCAGAGACCUGUGGAGGUGGAGGCGGUCUAUGGAGGUGGAGGUGGAGGUGGUCUUUGGAGGUGGAGGUGGAGGUGGUCUUUGGAGGUGGAGGUGGUCAUUGAUGAAGGUGGUCAUUGAAGAUGAAGGUGGUCAUUCGAGGUGGAGGUGGUCAUUCGAGGUGGAGGUGGUCAUUCAAGGUGUUCUUUGGGUCCUCAUUGUUUUCUGGAUACCCUGCCGCCAUUUUGACACAUUCACUCAUUGCGAGUUUAUUUUAAAUCGAUGUUGCGUCUUAAGAAUGGUUCAACGUAUACGUGUAUACGAUUGGCGGUUUAUGUUUAUUGACAUUUAUCAGUGUGUAGUUCUUGCUUUGCCAGAUUUAUUGAGAUCAGGGAUACAUAUUUGGGGAAUAAAUUAUUGGCUGAUGCUGUGAGUGCAUAUUGAGACACAAUAUUGGUUUGUUUUAAAUGUACUUAUACAUUUAUUCAUUUAUAAAGUGUUUUGGGGGAGUCCUGUUUCAGGGUUCUCCGUUGUUCCUGUGGUUUGUAAAGUGAUUAAAGACGGAUUGCACGCCGCAACGUGCCUGUGAACUCUACCUGUGAAACCAUUUCAGGGCUCUUAAUGAAACAAAAGUGAUCGAU